GGAAGGCAGGGGAAGGAGGGGUCUAUCCCCUGUGCUCACUCAUACUACUGUAGGCUCAGGCUCCCUGCUGCUGUUACAGGGACUGUGUCUGCUGUGCUGGACACUCCUCACUGCUCCCUUGGAAGUUACAGCUUUCACCUCACAAAUCUGGGGAGGGCAAUCUCUUCCCACUUUCAUAUGAAUCAGUAAUGUUUGUUUAAGUAAAACAGGAGGAAGAAGUACAUUUCACUGCAGCAGUCAGGGGCUGAUUGAGCACUGCUGUGUGUGCCACCAGUCCAGCUGGAAGGAGCUCUGUUCUAUAUCCUCAGUUGAGCCCCCUGGCAGUAAUGGUUGGGAAGCUGAGCCUGCAGGAUGUCCCUGACCUAUUGGACAUGAAGAGGAAGGGUGAGAGGAUGCUGGACAGCCCAGACUCAGGGCUUCCCCCAAGUCCAUGUCCCAGUAAUUGGCUGGUAACUUCUUCAGCAUCUGAGAAACCCUCAGAACAGGACAUCAUCAUCUCUACACAAACAGUACAGGGGGUGAGUACAUCUAUUUCACUAGGUAAUACAGGGGCUGUGUGAUCAGGUGUGGAGUGAUGUGGAUACCAGUUAGAAUGUUGUGAGACUUCUCUUAGCCAUUGAAGUAUCAGCUAGGAGCUCUGUGACUGACAAAGAAAAACAAUAAAGGUGAUAAUGUAUGAAACAUAUGGUCUAACAUAGCAUAUUACUGGUAAAAAAGAAGAAUAAUCUAAAGAGAUCAUGGGUACAAACAUCUAAGGAGAGGAAUAUCUAAAGUUUGAGCAUCUCUAAAACAAAAAUCCUGCUGCUGUUAAAUAACUUCAGAUGGCUGAAUGUGAUGAGAGUUGUAGGACACAGCUAUAGAAUGCUAUCUGAGUUUUGGGAGAUGUGCUUUGUAAACCGCUGUAAACCCAUAGUUGCUUGUCUAUUGCAAUGUAAUACUGUAAUGUGAGUGGGUUUCUCAGGCAGACCCCAAGCGCCCUUUAACUAUAAAGCCCUCACACACUGUUUAGGAAAUUUUGCACAGUCAGCUGCUGUAAUUACUGCAGAAAACUCCACAAGCACAUAUAUAACUCAUGUAAGGAUAGACUUUACAUACAAUGGCUGCUCUGAGUUGACUGAGAAUGUUGGACCAUAAAGUCACAGAUUCAAUAGACACUUUGAAAGGAAUGCUUUUAUUUUUUUAUAUAAAAAAAACAUUCUUUCUUUUUCCUGCUUUAUUUGUAUUGCAGUAUUUUUUUUUGUUAUUUUUUUACAUUUUUGUUAUUCUUGUACUCACAGGUUCUGGUGAUUGACUUAGAAAAGUAAUAUUUUUGCAAUAAGUUAUUGCAAUGUAAUUUUAAUCACAGUCAUGCAGUGCACUCUGGUAUCAAAUAAUGCGCAUAACCUGUGAUGGGGACAGGUUGAUGAGGCAAGUCAUGGAGGUCUAAUGGGAGUUCAGGAGAAUGGAGACCUCAUAGGAAUAGGCAGGUGAUGUUAGUGUUCUGGUAUAGCUGUUUCUCCUUGAGAAAAAAAAUGCUAAUUUCCCAGGACCUCAUCUAGCAACUAGCUAAUAUUUCUCAGCCAGUCACUGGUGUCUCAAGGCUAUCUAUUGGAAAAUUAGCGUACGUAUGUGCAUGAUUGUUGGACAUGUAUGAUGGACUAAUUUCCUAUAGCCAACACUUUAUUUCUGUAAUGUACAAUGCAACUCGUGGCCAACUUCUCAUAAGAUUGUAAAAACAGUUCGGGCAGGUGAAUGGAAGUCUCUGGUACCUUCCAUCUAAUUGUACAAAUUGUUCUCAUUUGCUGUUUCAGUAAUUCUGAAGGAUUUGGAGCAGGAUAUUACAGGAAAUAUAAUUGACACUGGAUCUCACACUUUCUUUUGUAUGUGAAUCAACCAGGGGCUGGAGCUUGUCUGCCAUGUUUUUAGUUUUUGUUAAAUCUAGACAUCAUUAACCAUCCAUAAGUAUAAGCACCAUAACCACUACAAACUACAACCAAAGAAGGAUUAAGAUCACACAGGGUUCUAGGCAGGAUACCAGUAAGGGGCCCUCCCUUAAAGGAAGUCUAUAGCAAAUAACAGAACUGUUUUCCUAAAGCUAUAGUGUCUGUCUCUUAUUUCCUUGGGUCCCCCCCAAUACCAUCAAGUCAUUUUAAAAAGUUGAAAACCCUUUACACCCUUACCUGUUUCCAAUAAAGAGGUCCCUUAGUGCUGGAUCGGUCUCCUCCUCCAGUGACAUCAUGACGAUAGGGGAAUCUGCUGCGCCCACAUUAGAGCUUUGAAUCAAUGGUUUCCUAUGUGGAUUUUGAAGACGUUGGACGUUGUUUCAGGGAUUUAAAAUCCGUUAGGAUCCAGGAAGUGGCUAGGUGCCAUCUUCUAGUUUUUCAAGUGGUUUAACUAAAACUGACCAUUCCCUCGGCAUACAGAGACUGAUCCCCCUGGCUUGCCAUAUUACUAAUGGAGAAUUUACACUUGAGCAUAAAAGCGAACCUGUCUUUUUUUUUUUAAUUCUCGUUCCUUAUGCCCCCUGUAUCUUAAUGAUUAUACUCAUUUGCUUGCCAUGAUGUCUGUACUUUCCCUUCUUUGGGACUGAUUGUACUAAUUGAUUGUGGGUAAAUCUGAUUGGCAACGAAACACAAAUUUGCUUUAAAAGGACAGUUUAGGACUCAUAACAACUUCAUCUAAAUUAUGUUUGUAUGGUUUAUCCUCACCUUCAAAGGUUAAACUGUUUUUAAACAGUUUAAUCCCAAAGUUGCCUCCAGCGUGCCGAUCUCAGUUCCCCCCUUGGCGGCAUCCGACUUUUGAAAUUUCAUAUUUAGGGCAGGGAUGCCUUUGACUGUAACGACUAUAGUGCCCAUCGUACUUUUAAGGAACACUGCAGGAUAUUGUUGAAUCAUGCUUUUUAUGCCGUUUAUGCAUCACAUACAGCUGUCUAAUUGGAACAAAAAGGUGAACACUACAGGUUGAGAAAAAGGAACAGAAAGGGAGCGCUUGUGAAGCAAAAUUAGUUAUUGUAUAAAAGGGAAAGACGAUUACUAACUGUUUGUUAACCUUGCAGCUAAUGUAUUGAUGUAUGGAGUCUCCCCUUAAGCUAGAUAAUAUGAAUAGCUCCAGUGAAACCUUUAUCAGUAAGGUUGAUUGUGGGGCCCAAAAUUAGCUACUUCCAUUGAAACUGUACAAUAGCUGCCUUGCCAUUGUAACACAGCCUACUACCAUGAAUCAUGUAAUCUGACAUUUGUAUCUUUAAAUGCAUGAAUCACCCAAAUGUAUCUUUCUAAAAUAAACAUUUUCUUAUAUUUAUAGAAAUGCCAUAAAUAGUGUUUGAAAGGUAUUAUGCAUUUCAGUUCUCAAAAGGAUAUUCUGCACACAACUAUAGGGUCAGGAAACAGGAACACAAACUUGUAUUCCUGAUACUACAGUGUAAAAAACAAAUAUUAUGUGUCUGGCCCUGCUUGCCCAAUGUUAAAAAGGGUGAACAUUCACCUUAUUACUGGCUCCGCCUCCUUGGCUGAGAUUAUCAAAUUUGAUGAUCUCAGUCAAUCUAAUUCUUUCCAUAGGAAAGCAUUGUGAUGCUACUGCACAUGCGGAGCAAAAUGCCACACUGUGCCAAUUAGCAUCUCCUCAUAGAAAUGCACUGAAUCAAUGUAUCUCUAUGAGGAAUGUACAGCACAUCCAUGCAGAGAGUUUCCCUUUAAGCAAUAAGACAGUAAAUAUGAGCCAGUAUGAGAGGAUAAGGGAAUGUUUUAAUCACAUCACAAUUUUGUACUUUAUUUGCUAAGCAAACUUGAGAAGCUCAUGUAGCAAUUAAUGUUUUACUGCUACUCAAGUUCAAAACAGGUUUUACCACAGAUAACCUUUACUAAAAUUGGAUAGCAGCAUCUGUAUAUUGAAAUAUAUAAAUUGUUAUUUUAGGUUUCAUAAUGCAUUAACACGCACCUUUUUUUUUGUGUUCGUUGAUGGCGUGUAUUGAAAAAUCAAUUAUAUGUACAUUUUCCUUUUUUGGUUUUCUGCUACAUCCUGUUUAAAUUCUCAUCUCCUGAUUUUUAUAGCAACCAGAAAACUCCCUAAAUCUACUAAUAUAUUCCCCAGGUCCCUUAACACUGCCCUAUGUGUCAACCCUUUACUUCCUUAACCUAAGACAUUUAUCCUGAAUCUGUUCUUUUGUUGUGAAAGACACUAUUUAAAUGCUUGUCAUGUGCUCUUCAUUUCCCUUCAGGACUACUGUAACUCUCUUCUCACUGCAGUUACCCACAUCAAUAGACUGUGCAUGCUUACUUAGCCAUGUUAUUUGUGUCCUGCAGCAAUUAAUUUCAAAUCCUGGUAAUAUAUUAAGAUACAGAUGAAGUAAAAGAAUAAACAUGUUGUUUUAUAUUUGUGCAAAAAAGUAACAUGCGUCCAGUUAUUCAUUUAUCAAAGAUGGAAGUGCUCAUGCCAUUGUACAGAACACUGGUGAGACCAGGGCCGGUGCAAGGAUUUUUGCUGCCCUAGGCAAAAGAAAGAUUCCCCGGGACAUCGCAAUGCACCCAUAUGAUCUGCCAUAUGAACUAGUGCCAGUGCUGCACACAGUGUGUGUUUACAUUAAAAAGCCUGCAGGGACAAACUAUAGACACCAGAACAACUUUAUUAAGCUGCAGUGGUUCUGGGGACCAUAGUGUCCAUUUAAUGUGAGGUAAAUUAGAGAUUAGUGUCACUAAUAAUAUACUAGAUUGCCUACUUACAAUCAGAUGAGGAUGGUGAUGGGCUCUGGCUGCAGUCUGGCUCCACUGGUCUGGUGUAGAACAGGAUCUCUGGAGGCUGUUUGUAACUGUGGUCACAAAAUUCAAUGUUCUGGGAGAACGGGAAGCAGCUCCAUUUUUGGGGCCUCUUACAUAGCUCAAGGUCUGGGCCCCAGGGCCUGAUGGUGAGUAUGCCCAUAAAGCCCACCCAUAAGUCCACCUACAUGUUCCACCCAUGAGUUCGCUCACAGGGAGUAGAGUGUGUAGGGGAUGUGUUAUGUGUUACUGUAGAGGAUCUAAUGUGUGUGCUUAUGGAAUGUAGUGUAUAGGGAUACCAGUUUGUGUAGGUGAUGCAGUGUGUUUGUGUGUAGUGGAAGCAGUGUGUUUUUGUGUAAGGGAUAGAACGCAGUGAGUGUUUGUGUAUAAGGGAUGUAUUGUGUGUUUCCUGUUGUGCACUUCCUGUCAGUCCGCCCGGGUCGCGGACCGGAAAGGAGCUCAGCCACGCUACAGGGAAGGGGAGGUGAGGCAGUGCAGCAGCCGUCUGAGCGCUCUCUAUAGAGCGCUCAGGCAGCUGUGGCAUUUAAAGGGCCGGCGAUGGGGGCGCAGGGCGCCCCCUCCUAUAUGGCGCCCUAGGCGGCUGCCUAGUUCGCUUUAUAGGAAGCGCCGGCCCUGGGUGAGACCUCACUUGGAGUAUUGUACACAGUACUGGAGACCGUAUCUUCAGAAGGAUAUUGAUACCUUAGAGAGGGUUCAGAGAAGGGCUACUAAACUGGUUCAUGGAUUGCAGGAUACAACUUACCAGGAAAGGUUAAAAGAUCUUAACAUGUAGAGCUUGGAGGAAAGACGAGACAGGGGGGAUAUGAUAGAAACAUUUAAAUACAUAAAGGGAAUCAACACAGUAAAGGAGGAGACUAUAUUUAAAAGAAGAAAAACUACCACAACAAGAGGACAUAGUCUUAAAUUAGAGGGACAAGGGUUUAAAAAUAAUAUCCGGAAGUAUUACUUUACUGAGAGGGUAGUGGAUGCAUGGAAUAGCCUUCCAGCUGAAGUGGUAGAGGUUAACCCAGUAAAGGAGUUUAAGCAUGCGUGGGAUAGGCAUAAGGCUAUCCUAACUAUAAGAUAAGGCCAGAGACUAAUGAAAGUAUUUAGAAAAUUGGGCAGACUAGAUGGGCCAAUGGUUCUUAUCUGCCGUCACAUUCUAUGUUUCUAUGGUUCUAUGUUUCCAUCACCUACAGUAUACAUUACAGAUAUCAUAAAAUAAAAAUAAUGAUAAUAAUAAUAAAAUAAAAAAACAACAACAACAAUGUUUGGAAAAAAUAAAGGCUGCAUCUGAUAAAGAAUCUGCAAAAUUGUACAAUGAAAGUUCCAAGCUUGGAGAAGAGCAUGGGUGUAACGUGACUGACUGAACACAUGCUAAUUACAAAUGUUCCAGUAUCAUUUGCAAAAGUGUUUCUAAAUAUUCAACUGUCCAGUCAUAUUCAUUUCCACUGAGCAGUGAAGUCGCCGUGCUAAAUGGAAUUAAUGGGGUAAAAAUAUCCUGAUUUCUUUUUUAUCCUUAUAUGUAGUGCAAAAGAAAUAAAACAAGAUCAUAAGAAAUGCUUAACUUCCAAGAUCGUUAAAUUGCACAACUAAAGAAAUCGGACUCCUCACCAGGAAAAUGAUUCGCCAAUUAGGAGCCUUUCAUUCUGGUCUAUUAAGUCUGAUCUUAUUCCAUAAGUCUAUAAGUGGAUAUCAACCAACAGCAGUUGCACUCAUUGGAUGCUGUAUAAAUUAAUAGCAGCUAUGCAAUACUAUGCCAUUGAAAGCACAGCCUGGUCCAUGGUUUUGUGCCCCAGGCUCUGUUGAGUGAUCGCCAUAACUACAAACAAAAAAAAGUGCUCUAGCCAAGUAGUGCAUGCGGUAUGCAUAUAUUGGACUAAAUUAUUAUUUUUGGGACUCCUUUUCUUUUGCAACAAAAUAAUAAAAAAGGCAAAGCAAACAUUACCGCUUGCAUGGCAUAAAAAGUCUAUUGAUGAAAAGAAUGUCUUGAAAUGAAGCCAUAUAUCAGAACAAACCAGGGGAGACAAAUAGGAGGAGAAGGUAGAAGGGGAAAAAGGCUUGGGGGAAGAAUUGAAGCAUUAGAAGACGAGCAAACUUUCAGAAAUGCCGUUUUUAAAAUAUUUUAUAGGUGCAGCUUGCCUUAAUUCAAAUUCAAUAGGAAAUCAUUUUAUUUACUAAUUUUAAGCAUUAUACCUGAAUUAGUGAACCACUUUUUUUUUUUCUCUUUGACCCAACAAGAACACUAUAAGCUCUGGAAUCUGGCCAGUUCAGGCAUUUUCAUAUGGCAGAAAUGAAUAGCCUUAAACAAGCGUAUCCACAACACACACAGCUGUUCAUGUCAGUAUAGAUCUCUUAACAUAAUAUGUUUGCAUUACCUGGGGCAUUCCACAAGGUAUCCCCUUUAUCUUUAGCAUGCAAGCAAUUAUAUUGUAACUUUCCUCUGAUACGUUUUAUUUGCUUCACUUCAAAUGGAUGGUUUUUUAUUUUUCCUUGAAAGUACAACAGGGAAGUAUAAAUGUGUCUCCUUUCAUCUUCCCUACACAUAUGCCACAUAAUUAACUCUUUAAUACGUAGGAGUAAGCAAGCAUUUUACUCUGACAUGUUCUAGGCCCUGAAGGGGUUAAUUUACUUGUCUUACAUAGUACUGUAAGUAGGUGAAAUGAACACAACUGAACAGAUACACAUCCUAUUACAUUUGAUUUUGUCUGUCUAUACCUUGUUGGCAAAACAUGUCAGAUUUAUUCAGAAACGGUCAUAAAAGUAUUAUUACUUUAUUGUAGUACAUAAUUUAGUCAUAUAUGUCUGUUGGUUUUAGUUCCUUAUGGUCCAUUUCAUUCCAUGCUUUCAUUCGAAUUUAGUCAUUUUAUACUUUAUACUACAUGGAUUCUAUUGAGUAUUUGACAUCGCACCUCAAAACCCAUUAUAGGAUAUUCCAUAUGAAGAAGUAAUUAUUCCCUUUAGGGGGAAGGCAGUUGUACAAGUUCUGACCAAAGCAAAACCAACACAAAACAGGGCUUGCCGAUUUUAGUAUUUACACAUUAAAAUUUGCCAGAUAACAUUGCGGGUGAGGGGUGGGUGGGGUUAGGGGUGUUGGCUGCAGACCGUUAUGUCGUACUAUGCUGCUGUAAUGGCAUUUAACCCCACUUUUUUUCAUGAUGAUGUUAAACGGUUAAAAGGGAACCAUUUUUUUCUGCGGCUUCUUGAUGCCUCUUUUUUCAUACUUCUUGGGACAAUUACCAUGGUCCACGUAUAGGCAAUCUGGAGCAUUCCUAAUUUUGUGGACUGCAUUAUGGCUGUUAGAGAUUCAUGGGAAAUGUAGUCCACAACAUAUGCAGUUCUUGAAGAUUGCCUAACUUUGCCCUAGUCUAUCAUCAAUGUGCUGAGUUUAAGCUUAAAUUAUGCCUGUGGAGAGGCUUGAGAUCUAUCCUUUUGUCCAGAGACUAUGGGUUGUUUAUGGACUCGGAGAGACUCUGCCAACCAGCCAUGACCAGGGCAACCUGACCACUGUAACAUGAUUGCUACUGCUAGACUUAAUUUGGUGUAGCGCCAUCUGUUGCUUUGUUGCAGUUAUAUGCAGUGCUUUGCUAUUCAAUCUAAACAUAUUUACAUAUAUUUUCUAACUGCAGACAUAGCAAGCAGAAUGCUCUGGUUUUAUGGUUAAUGUUUCGGUAAACCCCCCCCCCACCCCUUAUUACAAAAGCGUUAUAAUUGAUGUUUUUCUGUUGUUGCCUACAUAUUUCUCUUAAAUUUGAUGUUUUCCGCUAUUUAACUAGUUUUCUAGCAGUAGUUCUGGCACUAUAUGGUCUUUAGGUCCUCCCCACACUCAUGGCCCCCCCUCCCGCCGGGCUCUAGCAUGAGGAAGGGGUUAAACAGUUAUCUUUCUCCAACGCCGGGCUCCGUCGGCGCUGGGGACUCUUCUCCCUCUUUGGUUGAAUGCGCAUGCGCGGCAAGAGCCGCGCGCGCAUUCAGUCAGUCCAUAGGAAAGCAUUUCUCAGUGCUUUCCUAUGGACGCUGGCAUCUUCUCACUGUGAAACUCACACUGAGAAGUGCGGAAGCGCCUCUAGCGGCUGUCAAUGAGACAGCCACUAGAGGCUGGAUUAACCGUAAAGUAAACAUAGCAGUUUCUCUGUUUACAGCAGGCAGGGUUAACACUAGAUGGACCUGGCACCCAGACCACUUCAUUAAGCUGAAGUGGUCUGGGUGCCUAUAGUGGUCCUUUAACCCCUUAAGGACACAUGACAUGUGUGACAUGUCAUGAUUCCCUUUUAUUCCAGAAGUUUGGUCCUUAAGGAGUUUAGCCAAACAUGUUAAUAGAAAGGUGGAUUUGAGGGUUGGGGUGGUUUUUGGUGCAACAGGAAAAAUAUAUCUCUAAUGAGACAGAGAGGGGUAUUUUUUAUAUACACCCCUAUAUACUUAUUAACUCUUAGUAGGGAACACAUGGGAUGCGACAGCAUUGUAACAAAGCUGUGAGAUACAAAAAAUACAAAAAGAUAAGUCCUGCGCUCACUCCCAUCACUCCUGGGCGGCAGCAACGACCACAGUACACAUCAGCCCCAAUACAUACAGUAAAAACCAAAGAAAAAGUUACCUGCGCUCUCUCCUAAAUCCCUAUGUAUAUUUAAACAAAUGGGGGUCAUUUAGUUACUCCAAUGGCCAUUGGAAGGAAUGCCCGCCUGCCAACGUCAAUGCAGACCCCCCUAGGUGGAUCCUACACUGACCUUUCACUUUGUUUCCUUGAGCCUCUGGCAAAGAUAUCUCUAAUGAGACAGAGAGGGGUAUUUUUUAUAUACACCCCUAUAUACUUAUUAACCCUUAGUAGGGAACACAUCGGAUCGGCUGCAGCAUUGUAACAAAGCUGUGUGAUACAAAAAGUGAAUACAAAUACAAAAAUAUAAGACCUGCGCUCACUCCCAUCACUCCUUGGCGGCAGCAACGACCACUGUACACAUCAGCCCCAAUACAUACAGUAAAAACCAAAGAAAAAGUUACCUGCGCUCUCUCCUAAAUCCCUAUGCAUAUUUAAACAAAUGGAGGUCAUUUAGUUACUCCAAUGGCCAUUGGAAGGAAUGCCCACCUGCCAACGUCAAUGCAGACCCCCCUGGGGGGUGCAUACACUGACCUUUCACCUUGCUUCCUUGAGCUUCUGGCAAAGAUAUCUCUAAUGGCUAUUGGAGUAACUAAAUGACCUCCAUUUGUUUAAAUACAUAGGGAUUUAGGAGAGAGCGCAGUAAAACAGUAAAAUGUAUCAUGAUGAUAUCAUCUCUAAAAGUGUCAUUUGUGUGUGAAAAAUACAAAAACAAAUAACAAUGUUAACUAUGGCCAGGGUUUGUGACUAAGUAGCUACUACAAAAGACUGGACAUCCCCCAUUUUGAAUACUUUGAGUUGUCCACUUUUCAAAAUGGUUUGCCAUAAUGGGGUUAAUUUUUAACUUUCCAACACCCCAUAAACCCUGUACAUGGGUGGUACUAUUGUACUCGUGAGACAUCGUUUUUUGUUUUUUUGCAGUAAAAGCUAACAGUAUUAUGAUAUUCACAGUUAAAAAUGUAAUGCAGAACUUAGUUUCAAAAUUUUUAGAUUUUAUUUAUAUGAAAUUAUGUUGAUGUAAAAUCAAAGCUCUGUUUCUCCUAAACAAAAUGGUAUAUAAUACGUGUAGCUGCACUUAAUAUGAAAAAGUUAAUUAUAGUUGAAAAGACACCUAGUCAAAUGCCAGGUUUGGUUUUGAUCAGAACUUGUAGAAUUGUCUCCAUCCUUAAGGGGUUAAGGUCAUCAAAUCCUGUCCAAAUCAGAAAAAUAAAAAAAUACAAUUUUUUUUUAGUAUGUUUUUUUUUCAAAGAGAAAUCCAAAAAUGAAGAGAUUUCCUUUAAUACCAAACAGACACUAGUUUGCUUUCGAGAGUAAGGGUUUCCCAAUGAUUUAACUCUCUAACAUUAAAAACGUAAAGAAGAGCACACCUGUUAUAAACUCAAACCACAAGUUUAAUAUGCUUAUUAUGAGUAGAGUCAGCAAAAGCUAAACAUAUGCUAAAGUGACCAGAUGUUUCUUUUAACACGUUUACAGAAUGUAAUUGCUGGGCAUUAUGUCAACGUUUCUGGUUAAAGUUGAAAUUUGGUCACCUCAAUUUAGAGAAUAUUUACAAUAUUGGUUCUGUAUAAAAAUAAGUGUGCACAUUUGUAUGCGAUUAUGGACACAAUACAUGCUAAGUCUUGCACCUUAUAACAGCGAAAGCUUAAAGAUUUUUUAAGUCUUUUAUUACAAGUCAAAAGACCGAUUUCCCAGCCUACACUUAAUAAUUCACCUUUAACGUGCCGGCUAUGUCGUUUUAACUGACAACUUGCACAAAAACUAUGUGUUUGUGGGAUAGCACUGCAAAGCUCUAUUAAACUGGGGACAUGAUCAGAUAGGUGUAUUUAAGAGUGUUGCUGCACAGAUUUUAUAAAAAUGACUUAUGUUUUGAUUUCUUAAGUCAGUUCUUUUAAUUAACACUUAUCUGCUAAUUAGAACUUAUAUUGUCUCAAAUCUUUAAUAAGCAGUUGGAAAAUGUUUAUAAACAAUGUUUUCCAAUGGGAAAGCAUUGGAUUGGCUAAAAGAGAUGGUGCAAGGGCAGAGCCAAACGCUGUGCUGGCCAAUCAGGAUCUCCUCAUAGAGCUGUAUUCUAUGAAUCAAUGUAAUCUACAAGGAAAGUUCAGGAUGCUGAACAUCACUGCUGCAUGUUGUGCAGCACUGACCCAGGUACUCCCCCUGCUGUCUGAAAAAAAAAAAAAAAAAACAUGUUAAAACAGUGUUAAAUUAAAUAAUAUAUACUUAGAUCAUAUAUAUAUAUAUUAAUUAUAUAUAUGAUCUAAGUAUAUAUAUAUACAUACACACAUACACAUAAAUACACAUACACUGUCUAAGUGUAUUUUAAUAUUAAUAUAUAUAUAAUUAUAUAUAUAUAUAUAUAUAUAUAUAUAUAUUCAUAUCAAAGUACACGUACAAUGAUGCUGACUAAAUAUAUAUAUAAUUAUUACCAUAAAACCUGUACAUGGGGGGUACUGUUUUACUCGGAAGACUUCACUGAACACAAAUAUUAGAGUUUCAAAACAGUAAAAUGUAUUACAACGACGAUAUCGUCAGUGAAAGUGAAAUUUUUUUGCAUUUUUCACACACAAAUGGCACUGACACUGACGAUAUAAUUGUUGUGAUACGUUUUACUGUUUUGAAACACUAAUAUUUGUGUUCAGCGAAGUCUCCCGAGUACAACAGUACCCCUCAUGUACAUGUUUUAUGGUUACAGACACAAAUAUAAGGCUUGCGUUUCAGUUUUCUCACAUUUAAAUUUGCCAGGUUAGUUAUGUUGCCUUUGAGACCGUACAGUAGCCCAGGAAUGAAAAUUACCCCCAUGAUGACAUACCGUUUGCAAUAGUAGACAACCCAAGGAAUUGCAAAUGGGGUAUGUUCAGUCUUUUUUUUUGUAGCCACUUAGUCACAAACACUGACCAAAAUUGGCUUUCAAAUUAGUUUUUUGCAUUUUCAAAUAUUAACACUAACUUUGGCCAGUGUUUGUGACCAAGUGGCUACUAAAAAAGACUAGACAUACCCCAUUUGCAAUACCUUGGGUUGUCUACUUUUGCAAAUGGUAUGCCAUCAUCGGGGUAAUUCUUAUUCCUGGGCUACCAUAUGGUCUCAAAGGCAACGUAACCAAUCUGGCGAAUUUCAAUGUGAAAAAACUGAAAAAUGUAACAUGCUAUAUUUGACGCUGUAACUUUCCAAAACACCAUAAAACUUGUACAUAGGGGGUACUGUUUUACACAUGAGACAUCGCUGAAUACAAAUAUGUGUAUUUUAUUGCUAUAAAAGCAAACAGUAUUAUGACAUUCACAGUUAGAAUGUCACAUAGAACUAAAAAAAAAUUUAAAUUCUUAUUUUUCCCCAUUUCUUUUAUAUUUUAUUCAUAUUAAAUUAUGUUUCACACCUAAAUAUUUGAUAUUACAUGAAAGCUCUGUUUCCCCUGAAUAAAAUGAUAUAUAAUAAGUGUGGGUGCACAUAAUAUGAAAGAGGCAAAUUACGCCUGAACAGACAUAUAGCGCAAAUUCCAGUUUUUGUUUACUUUUUGUUUUGAUCACAACGUGUACAUUUGGCUCAGUUCUUAAGGGGUUAAAAGGCAUGCAGGUACCCAACUCUACUAUUACCUCUGAUACACAACCCUGACUUCCCACCGGGAAUGGACCCGAAAGCGUUCAAAGAUCUAAUUCAGGACCUAUUACACAGACUCCGACACAUCCACACAACGGAGGGCAUUAAGACACUCAAGAAUCUGAGGGGGGACACUGAACACACUUUCCUGAUGCACCUAAAAUACAAACAGAUCCAGAGCUACAUCACCUCACUCCCACAGGGACCGAUACUACAACGGCUACUACCCCCUUCGAGAACCUAUGCCUGGACCCCAACCCACUAGCACAUGGAGUGUCUGUACUAUACACCCUACUACUAACACUCACACCAAUUGCACAACCACGAUUCAUGGGGAAGUGGGAGGCGGCACUAGGCCAUACUUUUGACAAGGCGGAGUGGGAGAAAAUUUGCUAUCUGACACACCACUGUUCCAGCUUUAGCAAGACACAGGAAACGGCAUAUAAAUCACUGACGCACUGGUACUACACUCCCGCGACACUACAUGCACGCAUCCCAUCCCACCCCCCCAGUGCUGGAGGUGCGGGGAGGAAGGAGGCACGCUCCUGCACAUCUGGUGGGAGUGCAAAGAUAUACAUAGAAAGAUACUGGGUACUGUACUGGAAAGAUAUACAUCAGAUACUGGGUAAGUUCACAGAUGACCCCUUCCCACUUAGCCCAGCAGCAAUGCUCUUACACCACACCAAGAUCCCCAGAACAGCGUAUAAGAAAUCGCUCACAAUCCGCAUAUUGAACACGGCUAAAUUGAUAAUACCACAGUAUUGGAAACAACAGGUUACCCCUCCCCUGAAAGCCUGGUUCACACAAAUGGAGGACCUGAGAUCCCUAGAGGAACUCCAUCACACCGCUAACGACACAUUCCAAGCGUACCUCAACACUUGGACACAUUGGAUCCUGAAGACAACCGACCCAGACUUCACUAACAUGAUAUCGACACCACCAUGAAUUUAGCCAAAAGACGCCACAAAACCAGAGAGAUAGGGGGAAGACAGCUCUCAGGUGUUGUAGCACCCCCCGCAACACCAGCAUACCAGUACUAAGGGGACCACUAAACACUAAAACAGACACAAGACGACCAGACACAUAGAUAACGAGUACACACAAACCAUACAGGGACCUACAAAGGGGGGCAAAGACGACAGACGCGGACCACGUGACCCGGGCUGUUACACGACCAUACCUCAUACAUGCCUUCACGUUGGGGGUAUACACACAUACGUUUCAUUGCAAGGGAAAGAUGCAAGGGACCUGCAAGUCUGACGACAAUGCGGGUCUGCGAGCCUAACUGAAUAUGCAAAUCUUUAAAACUGUUAUAGGUUAAACGUAACUGGAGAAGUCCAAGUAUUACUGUUAAUUAACAUGGAAAAACAAACAAAAGAUUAUAUUCACCAAAAUAUAAUAUGACGAGGGACCUGCGAGUCCACUCACAAUGCGGGCCUGCGAGCCCAAAUGUUGAUCAUUCACAUUUUCUAAAGCCAAUCCUCGCAUUCGCUAAAACCUAUUCUCUCGCAUGUUGUACACAUGUUAAUUGAGACCUGCGAGUCUCACUGUUAAGUAUUUCCAUAUUCGUGCAAAACAAAUAAAAAUUAUAUUUACAAAAAAAAAAAAGGCAUGCAGGGACAGGAUAUAAACACCAGAACAACUACACUAACCUGUAGUCAUUCUUUUGACUAUAGUGUCCCUUUAACUAAUGUCCAAUAACAGAGAAAGAAAAGAUGUGAAUGAAACAUAAUAUGCAUGUUUUUACAGUCACUUGCACCUGAGGUUUACUGAAUACAUAUAUUGAGUGGAGUGUUUAAAAGAAAGCAGUCCUUUAAAUCACAUACCAAUGAAUAUUCUCCAUGUAUGCCUGAAUUAAGUUUUUCAAAUUAACAUAGAGCCUGUUUUUAUUAUGAUUAAAGCAUUAUGACUGCUUGCUAUUCUGUGAUCUUUGGAUUAAUAGAAUUUUGUUGUGCUUUUUUUUUUAGAACUUCUCUCAGUCAUUAAACACCCCAAGACUAUGUCCUUUGUCCUUUGGAGAAGGUGUAGAGUUUGAUCCGUUGCCGCCCAAGGAGAUAAGGUAAUGCAAUUUAAUUUCAUUCAGUACUCACACGCAAUAAAAAUGCCACUACACUGACACUUGUUAUCAGGGUAAACUUGAGAUCGUGUGUAACUGCUGCUUACCUACUGCACUGGGUAUAACUCUGAAGAUACUAAAACAUUUUCAGAAUAAAAUAACCCAUGUCCUUUUAGCUUUUUUGAAAGAUAUAAAUACUCUAGAACAGGCAUAAGCAACCGUCGGCACGCCAGAUGUUUUGGACUACACCUCCCAUGAUGCUUUGCCAGCAUUAUAGGUGUAGAAGCAUUAUGAGAGAUGUAGUACAUAACAUCUGGAGUGCCGAAGGUUGCCAAUCCCUGUUCUAGAAAAUAUUUCCAUUGAUACAAUUUGUGUCCAAUACCAAAAUACCAAUAAAACAUUUCUAACUGACAUGCAAGAACUAUUUAGUUGGAAUAGGUUUUUCCUUGAAGAAAUAAAUCUUUAUGAACAGUAUAAGUAUAUGAAAUGGAAAGAAAAACAGUAAAAAGAUAGAAUCUCUACAAGAAUGUAGUAUGUGAUCAUGUGGCAGGUUUAUGCCUGUGUUCACUAUCUGAUUCCUUCAUCAACAUAUCACUUUACAUUGACAUAUUUUAAAUGCAAAAUCCUGUUAUUAUAAAACGUGUUCGUUAGAAGAAACAAGAAUACAUGGUAAUUUAAAUAUGGACGGGGGGUUCGAAAAUACACAGCAUCAGGUCACAUGGCAACAAAAAAAUGGAGCAUGGGACAGAAAAUAUGACUCCCUGAUAUUUGGAUCAAUCAAAAGAUUGCCUUUGCAAAGCUACACAAAUGAAGCAUGUGUUCCUGUGCUUGCCAUACGAGAAAUGACUUUUCAUCCAGGGGAGGAAAGGGAGAUUUAAAUAAACUGUGGGUGUGGAUGUCUGUGGGUAUGUGUGUGUGUGGGUGCGAAUGGCUAAUUGUGUGUUUGUAUAUGUGCAUUCGAGGGAUUGAUUAAUUAUGUGUGUAUGUGUGUGACUGAUUAUUUGUGUGUUUAAGUAGUUAUGUGCAUGUAUGUGUGAGAGAGUUUGAUUCAUUAGGGGUUUGUUAAAGUGGCUAAUUCGGCAUGUUCUUAUGAGUGGCUGAUGUAUUGUGCUUGGUUAAUUCCAUGUGUGUGAGAGAAAAUGUUAUUUGUUGAAGUAUGGCUAAUUGAAUGUGUGAUAUUUUUGAAUCCUUUUAGUGUCAGAAGUAUGCUCAAUGCAACUAUGCAACAUUAUUUUAUGUCUUCCAGUUAGUCCUUGAAUACUCUUCUGAUGUUCUCGGCCACUUAGGCACACCUAUUAACAUUCCUACCAGUUCUUCUUCUUAAUAUAGAUAACUAAAUGUACCACAUCACCUUCUCAACUCUCUUGAAAAAAGUAGUCACAAUGCACAAGUCACUCUUCAUAGAGGCUGCAACUCUGGUCUGAGCACACAAAACUCAGUACAUCCAAAAUUGGAUCUGAACAUUUGAGUGUAACUACUAGAGGAUGUCUCACAGUACACAAUAAAGUCACCACGUUCCCUACUCCUUUGCAAAAAUAACCUGUACGUAAGAGGAACUGUCAACUCUCUGAAAUUUAUACCAUUGAAUAGAACAUUCAAAAUCGCCUAUAACCUGUGUUAGCUUUUUUUCCCCAUGAGAUUCUCCACUUUCUUUUAAAUUUAUGUUAAAGUGACACUAUAGUCACAAGAAAAACUACAGCUUAUUGAAUUUGUUCUGGUGAGAAGAAUCAUUACCUUCAGGUUUUUUGCUGUAAACACUGUCUUUUCAGAGAAAAUGCAGUGUUUACAUUACAGCCUAGUGAUAACUCCACUGGCCACUCCUCAGAUGGCUACUAGAGGUGCUUCCUGUGGCAGUGUCGCACAGUGUGCAGAAUGGCCACUCAAAGCACCCUCUGCUUUGAGACACUGAACUUUCCUCAUAGAGAUGCAUUGAUUCAAUGCAUAUCUAUAAGGAAAUGUUGAUUGGCCAGGGCUGUGUUUGACUCGUGCUGGAUCUGCCCCUGAUCUGCCUCCUUGACAGUCUCAGCCAAUGCUAUGUAAAAGCAUUGUGAUUGGCUCAGAGAAACACUUCUGAUAAUGUCAGCCAAGCAGGCAGAUUAGGGGCAGAGGCAGCAGCUGCAGACUUGAAUACAAGUAAGAUAGUAUUAUAUUUAGGGAGGCAAAUGGGGGCCAGCUGGGCUAGUUGGUGGUUUUAAUACUAUAGGGUCAGGAAAACAUGUUUGUGUUCCUGACCCUAUAGUGUUCUCUUAAAGAUUUUGCAAAUUACAUCAUAAUCCAGUCCAUAGGCCAGUCAAAGCCAGGGCAAAUAUUGCAAACAACAAGGAGAAAUAGAACCAUUGUUUCAUGUUUCCUCUUCUCUGUAAGCUUGCUUUAGUCUGAAUACCAGGUGCUAAGGACAAAGUUUAUAAUACUGAUUAACAGCCAGCUAAGAUGGGGUACACAGAGGUAUCAAAUUCUACAUUAAAUGUAUUUUUAACCACAUAAAUACGUAUUAGUUCACUAUAGGGAUAAGUAAGCAUAAUACUAAAAAUCCUUUCAAGUGAUAACUCAUUAUCAUGAUCUCUCACAACCCCAAACACCUUAAAAUUGUCAAUGCUCUAGCUUUUGCCCUGCCACAACCUCAUAAACAUCACUACUGACAACUCACCAAGCUGCUUUAAUGGAAAUAUGAAAAACAUGAAAAGGGAAAUCUCUUCACUGGCUCCUUGAUUUCCCUCAACACAUUUUGUGUCUCUUUCUCUGCCAUGAGUAUGUACUUUUCGGUUGUUGAAGAGGUGGUUUCUGAACUUAUACUAGCAUUGCCCCCCUUCAUCUGUUCACACAAUCUUAUCCAUUUCCACUUUAUGUGUUGCCGUUUAAUGACAGUCUUUCACCACGUUUUUUGCAUGUUAACAAAGUUUUUGGUUGAGAAUAGAUAUGGUGUACAGAAAUGGUCAAGAUGUGGACAUUUUGAUAAAUCCAUUAGAAAAAUAGAUCAUAUCCUAAAUACAGUUAUAUAUGCAGUUAACAAAAGCUAUUUUUCAUUCUUAUUCUCACAUUUAAACUUGAAAUAAUUUUUUCUUAUCCGCCACAUAGUGUGACAUAGAUCUAGAAAUGUCAUUAUUCCCAGGGAAUGAAAAUGUAACAGAAAAUGAGCUAUCAACAAAUUCACAAUCAAGAUCAGUUUAAGGGAAUGCAUUCUGUUCUUUUGUUCUGGUAUGUCUGAUAGUAGAUCUUAAGAUCGCAGUUUGUCUUGUCCCAUCUUUAGAUACUAGAUUCAAUAUCUGUCUUCUGGUAAUGUCCCAACUUUCUUCAACCUUGAACUUCUCAUUCGCUUCCUUGCCAUCUCUUGAGAUAACCUCCUAACUGCUUUCAAAGACCCGGAUGAUUUAUUGGAUGCACAAUUUUCACACAAUUUACUUUUAUCUUUCUAAUACAUGCUCGAUUCUUCCCCUUCCCUGUCAAUUUCAGAUUUCUUCUUUCUCCUUUACUUUAUCGUUCAACUUCCUCUCUGUAGCAAACAGUGAUAACAUGCCCUCUUUAUACACAAUAAUGCAUUGUGUAUAGAAUGUUCUGUUGAUGCUGCUUACUCAUUCAGCAGACAAAUAUUGUAACAGAAUAGUCAAGUCUGGAGGUAACAACUUGAUAUCUCAUGUCACUCUCUCAAUUUUAACCUGGCUUAACAGUGAUUUAAACUAUGUUACUUAAGUUUUUGAGAGGGGCCCAGUAGUCCAAACCAUAGAUGGAACACUAUAAUACAUAAAUAUGGAUAUGUAUUUGUAAUGCUAUAGUAACUCAUUAGGUUUAUAAUUUUUCUUCUCUUAUUUGCUCACAUUUAAAAUUGUAGUUGUGGAUCAAAAUAUUCCUCCAUCAAAAUGUUGAACAGAGUAAUAUUAUUAAAGCUCCUAUUUAUAUGUGUAAUGUGCAUGUGUAAGAGAAAAUGCCUUGCAAAAAACACACACAUGUUGAAGGAUUUUAAUUGCAGAUUAAUACACUGCCUUAUCUAUUACUAUAAGGGACCUUUAUCGUCUAAUGUAUGUAUACCUUUUUUUCCCUAUAUUUCAGAUACACAUCGUCUGUGAAAUAUGACUCUGAGAAGCAUUUUAUUGACAAUAUCUACAUGCCUGUUGGAUUGAGUCUUUCUUCCUGCAGCCAAACAGUAAUCUGUGUCCCUAAUUGCACAUGGCGCAACUACCGAGCAGAAAUACGUUUUGAACCCAGAAACAAGCCCAAAAGAUUCAUGAGCACCACCAUUGUUUAUCCAAAACACACAAAAACUGUGUAUACCACCACUCUGGAUUACAACUGCAAGAAGUGUAUGAGACGGUUUCUGUCCAGUGUAGAGCUGGAAUCUACAGAACACCUGAGUAACGAGUGCUUUGUGGAUGAAUACUGAGUACCCGUAUCUUUCUCUAGAUUUAUUCUCUCAAGCUUUAUAAACUUACAUGAUUACACUUAAAAUAAUUCGAGAGUCAGGUAUCCAAGUCUUUUUUUGAAGGACAAGAGAUGUUAAAAAUUUGUCUUCUUCUGGACAUGUUCUUACUCUGAGCAUUGAUUGUUCUGAUCUUGAUAGAACUAUGUAGACCUUUUACACAGUAAAUCUGUACGGUCGAUGCUACUUGUUACCCAUUAAUCAUUGUGCAUGCCAUAAAAUCAUCUGCUUUUGGCAUUUACAUACGUAUUGAAUAUUUUCUCAUGAAUGGCAAAGUUAUUAUGUGGGCUAUUUCCAAAAAAGAACACCACACAAAGGAACAAAAAAGAAUGACUUACUGUUCCUAUGAAAAAUAUAUUGGAAAACUUUUUGGACACCAAAUACUUUAUAAAAGGGAAGAAGAUAAAACAACCUUUAAUAUUUCCAAAAAGAAAUGCAUAACUUCUGACCAACAAGCCUGAAAACUGAAUGUGAAGAUUUAUGAGAGAUUAGUGAUUCAAGAAGUGCUGGGUUUUCACUGGAUUGAAAGCUCAAGAAUUUUUAAAUAGGCAGACCUGGUGUAUUACUCUAUUAAACACCAAAUUCUGAAAUCAAGAUCAUUUUGUAUGUAACACAGCAGUUAUAUAUUUGCUUUUUCCAUAUUCUUGUUUCUAUAAAAAUAAAGCUCUUAACAAUAUGGCAAACUGCAAAACAUCUCUGUUUUAUGAACAAUGCAUUAGUAACUCAUAUUACAGGGUUUGGAGAAUUUUUUUAUUUAUUUUUUUCAAAAUACCAUUUUAUGUCAGUCUGAUCACUUUCAUAAAAUAAAG